AUUGAAGCAUGCUUUAUCCCAUGCAUCCUUGAGAUGGGACGACUGUUCCAGUCGCUGGAUGCAGGGGCAUGGCAUCUGCCAAAGCUGGAGGUGUCGUUUCAAGAUCCCCAUCAAGGAGCUGCUGCUUCACCAGGAGAAUACCAUAUGAGCCAGAAUGGCUACUGGGAUCAGAAUGGUCAGUGGAUUGCUGAGGCCGAGCAUGAAGCGCAGGUCGACGCUGUGGCGGAGGCGGAGAAUACCCGCUUCGAGAUGGCAUUGGAGGAUCCCGCUUCGGUGGUGGAGAUUGCCAGUGAGAAGGCGGGCAAGGCCAUUGAGCGGGCCAAAACCAUUGCCGGGGAUGCUCAGGUGUUGCACAUGCACUUGCGCAGCCAGAAAACCACCAACUUGGUGGGCAACGUGAGGCAUGCCUUGAAGGAUCUAAUGAGGCGCAACACCAGUGCAAAGUUGAAGACGCAGCUGGGGAAGAUGGACGACCAUUGGCAAGUCUUGAAGCAUUGCCAUGGAUCCAUGGACUCUCAGAGGUGCCGGCAGAUGAGUCGAAAAGCCCUAAUUGGUAUGGCCCAUGAUGCCAGGGCUGCUGCUGCAGCGGUGGAUCAUGUAGCAGCCCUUGGUCGUGUCGUCAAACGGCGGACCUAUCCAAUCCUGGAUCUACUUCGAAUGAUGGGCACCGGCACGGCGAACCCGCCCGACUUCGCUCCAUCGCCUUGGCCGAGCCAGCGGACCGCAGAUCAGCCUUUGGGCACCGGGGGCACCCGGUCUCCUUUCGAGGACAUCGAACUCCAGAGCCCGAGCCACGGUCAAAACGGCUAUGGCGGCUUUGGCGGCGAGCCCAUGGUGCAAGGCGUGAGUCCGAUCUUUGCCUGGGUGAACCGGCCAGAGGCAGACAAGCAGCGGAGGGUCUGGAUAAAUGCAUUUCUCUGACUAUCA